CACCUCGCAAACCACCCAGAACUGUAGUCCCGACACCAUGGUCAACUCCUGUUGUGGCUCCAUCUGCUCUGAGCAGGGCUGUGGCCAGGAGAGCUGCUGCCAGCCCAGGUGUUUCCAGACCACCUGCUGCAGGACCACCUGCUGCAGGCCCAGCUGCUGCAUCUCCAGCUGCUGCAGGCCCAGCUGCUGCAUCUCUAGCUGCUGCAGGCCCAGCUGCUGCCGCCCCAGCUGCUGUAUCUCUAGUUGCUGCAGGCCCCAGUGCUGCCAGCCCACCUGCUGCAUCUCCAGCUGUUGCAGGCCUCAGUGCUGCCAGCCCAGCUGCUGCCGCCCUAGCUGCUGCAUCUCCAGCUGUUGCCGUCCCAGCUGCUGUGAGACCACCUGCUGCAGAACAACCUGCUGCAGACCUUCCUGCUGUAUCUCCAGCUGCUGCAGGCCUCAGUGCUGCAUCUCCAGCUGUUGCCGCCCCAGCUGCUGUGUGUCCAGUUGCUGCAGGCCCCAGUGCUGCCAGCCCACCUGCUGCAUCUCCAGCUGUUGCAGGCCUCAGUGCUGCCAGCCCUGCUGCUGCCGCCCUAGCUGCUGCAUCUCCAGCUGUUGCCGUCCCAGCUGCUGUGAGACCACCUGCUGCAGAACAACCUGCUGCAGACCUUCCUGCUGUAUCUCCAGCUGCUGCAGGCCUCAGUGCUGCAUCUCCAGCUGUUGCCGCCCCAGCUGCUGUGUGUCCAGCUGCUGCAGGCCCCAGUGCUGCAUCUCUAGCUGCUGCCGCCCCAGCUGCUCUAGUGCCUCAUGCUGCUGAUGGUACUGCCCUGCCUGCUUGGGUCCUUCAUCACUAGUCAGCCCUGGUGUAGACCGCUGGGCAGCUGAGUUAUGAGAGGGGAAUUAUGAAACCUCAGCUCCACCUGGGAUUCCUUUUGGCCUCCAUAUGUGAAUACCCCACCUCGUUACUCUCUCAAAUGAGCACCCAUUUAAUUUUUUCUCUAAACUCUGUCAAAUGCUCUGGAAUCCCCACGGAAAUAUCUGUUCUGUGCCCCAUUUUCUCACCUGGAACUAUGCUCACCUCUUAAAUAAAGGUGGAUUUUGCAGGCAUACCUUUAUAAA